CGCAGUAUGAAGCUGAAGGUCAUGUCAGCGCGUGUUAAAUCUGUCAGAAAGACACAUAACCCUCAAAAAUACCGAAUGAUUUCGGCAUCUUCCAAAGAUACAUAUUUGUAUAAUUUUAGUGUAUAUUAUACUAUAGAUUAACAAAUGGCUAAGUUUAUAGCGCAGUUGAUCGUCGCCGGUUCACAAAUCGUGGGCAGGGCGUUUGCCAGAGCGCUCAAACAAGAAAUAGAAGCGUCACAGGAAGCUGCACGACGUUUAGGACAAACGAAUACUCGUGCGGAGCGCGUGGCCAACAAUAAAGUCGGAUUGUCGCUGGAUGAAGCCAAACAGAUCCUCAACGUCUCUCAGUUGGACCCAGAAGAAAUCGAGAAGCAGUAUAAGCAUCUGUUUGCUGUGAAUGAGAAGACAAGAGGAGGCACAAUUUAUAUUCAAUCGAAGGUAGUGAGAGCCAAAGAGAGGAUUGAUCUUGAACUGCAGAAUCUGGCACAGAGCAUGGGUCAAGAUCAAAGUGCAUCUGCUGACAAAGGGAAAGAUGAGCAUAUGAAACAAGACAAGACAUAAUGAGAGAAUUAAGAUAGGUAGCAUCAAAUUUUAGUGUUUAAUUAUUACAAUUACUAUUAAACUGAUGUAAAAUGUAUAUAUUAUUAAUAAAAAAGAAUAAAUAGAA